AUGCCAACAGCUACAAUUGAUUGCACACCUAUAUGCUCAAACAACACUAUAGAAGCAGAGGAAGGAUUACUGCCGAGAGGAAACGAUUCACUCUCAACAGUAAUGACCCCACAUGGGCUAGCUGUGCUUGAAAUACAAGGUGAAUUAAACUUACCAGAUCAUAGACCAGUUGGUACUACACAAACCCCACAAACCAGUGAUUCACCAUACAUCACAGUCGAUGAUAUUUACGAUGCUGUAAAAUUUGGACAUCUAGAGUUUGACAAAAAGGACGAAAGUAAAGUGACACUUUUCAUAGGCAAGAGCCAACGGUUGAUUGGAAAUAUUGUCAAAUUGGAUACUCCAUUGGGCUUGUUAAAGAUCCCUUUAAGUGGUGCCAAUGGGAUGAACUUGGAAGAUGAUCAAAAUGACAAAGAUAAAGACGAUGCAUCUGAGUCUACAGAAAAAGUACAAAUGAUUGAUAUAAUUAAAGCGAAAAUGAUCUUCAAACAUCGACCAUUGCCCAUAAUGUGA